GACAAAUAUAGAUGUCACUACGAGCGUAGUUCGUUCGGGUAUCAUGACAACGCGUUGUAUGCAUUCAUAAGGCGUCGACUUGGGCGCGCGUUACGAUUAGUUCAACGGAAAUGCUACUGGGCUUUUAGUCGUUAGGAUUGUGGCAGGUGGUUGAGACUUUGAAAUGUCGUCAGAAAAAGGUAUGACACCCAACGUGGACCUACGGAUUAUGAAGUUUGCUGAUGUAUUGAAAGACUGCAUCAGAGUGAUAUUCACUAGAGGCCCGGACGACGAGAAGCUUCAAAAGUUCCAAAACUGGAUCGAUCGAAUGCUGGCUGAAGAGACGGAAGAGCUGCGUAACAAGUUCGGCGGUGUGCUCGAAAAUUAUAGACUUGAAGGGAGGAAGCGUCAGACGGAGCAAGAAGUAUACGACUACAAACCUCUGGGUAUUGUAGCCGUUGAGGCGUUGAAUACCAUGGACGUCUUGAACUCUCGGAAGGGGAAAGCAUCAUCCGAACUCAGGUCGCUGAAAGCGCAGAACACGCAGUUACGGCGAGAACGAACGAAUCUUUUGAGUAGAUUGAAGCCUAAUCCUAAGUCAGGCGUUCAUCUGGAUACUAGCAUGUCGAAGUAUUUAGAAGAGCUGCUUGAGGAGAAGGGGAUGAGAGCCUUGAACCUGCUGCUGUCGGCAGUGAGCAGGCAAAUUAGUUCCAAAUGUCGAAUUGCCUGUUUUGCCAUAUCAUCGUGUCGCCAGAGUCCACACUUCGACCAUUCUGUGCUGUGCUGUGUCAAACUACAUUGUGGGUCCCCGACCCUGCUUUCCACUGCAUCUAGUGCCGAAAAAAAGCCGAGGACUCGUAUGGAGGUUGAAACAAAAGAAUCCGUAAAUGCGUCUGAGCUGCGAUCGUCUUUAAUAUCUCAAAACGUUGGCUUCAGUGAAGGAUAUGCGUGUUACCAAUUGCCAUGUCCUGUGUGCAGCCCACCGAAGCCACAGAGAGAUGCGCUCAUGAACAAAACUACUGGGAAGUGGUUGUGCUUGACUUGCAGAUCAACCGGGAACUGGCGGGACUUCCAGCACCUUAGCCGCCUUCCGAAACAAGAAAUUCGUCAAAGGAAGAUAAAGGCUCUUGCGACAUGCACUAUGACUGAUCAACAACUAGUGAAAGAGCUUGCUGGAAAGCCAUCACUAUCUGAGAUUGACUCAACAAAAUUGAAACUGAUUAAAAAAACUUUCAAGUUGAAUCAAUUGUCUGUGGAAACUUUGAAUCGGUUAGGCUGCGUGUCCGAGGGCUCUUCGAAGCUUCUGUUUCCCGUCCGGGAUAUGAGAGGUGCUUUAGUUGCCAUUCAGACAUUUGUACCUGAUGCAACCUGUGGACUUAAGAUGGAGAAGGUGGUUCCGUCUGGUUCAAUGAUUCCUGUGGGUGCUUGUGAAUCUGCUCAUUUUGGAGGUACAGCUGUCAUCACGAGCAACAUGCUGGAUGCGUUGGUCAUCAGUGAUCAGACUGAUGUCCCAGCCAUUGCGUUGCCUUGUGGAAUGCACCGCCUUCCACAAGAGACCCUGUUCUGGCUUGAAAAUUGGGAAAAACUGGUGAUGUGGUUUGGCACUGACCAGCAGUCAUGGUUGGCAGUACGUGCAUUGGCCAAGAAGCUCGGCGAGUCUCGAUGUUUUUACGUGAACCCUGCCCAGUGGAGCUGGGGUCCGCAUAAAGCACUUAGCAACAAGGGUAAUAUCGCCAGAAUCGUCGAUGAAGCCCGUCCUGUGUCACACAAGGACAUAGCCACUUUUCCCUACUUGAGGGAACAUGUCAAGUCGGAGUUGGCUCUUGUGGACCAGGUGCGAGGAGUGAAAUGGAAGCGUUUUAAGGGCUUGAACAGUAUCCUGCGUGGACAUCGCCGAGGGGAAUUGACUAUCAUAACGGGUCAGACUGGGACUGGGAAGACAACCUUCAUGUCCGAGUACUCCCUGGACUUGUGCAUGUCUGGUGUGUCGACUCUUUGGGGUAGCUUUGAGAUUCAGCCCGUGCGUCUUGCCAAAGUCAUGCUCAUGCAGUAUGCUGGACUGGAUCUAGAAGCACACCUCGCAGAGUUUGACAAGUGGGCAGACAAAUUUGAGAAGUUGCCCCUGUAUUUCACCAUCCUGCACGGAGAAACUGGACUGAGCAAAGUUUUGGAUGCUAUGACACAUGCAGUGUAUAUAAAUGAUAUUCACCAUGUCGUUCUAGAUAACUUGCAGUUCAUGAUUGGCUUGGGUGGAGGAAGUGGCUUUGAUCGGUUUGCUAAACAAGACCAGGCCAUUGCCUCUUUCCGAAAAUUCGCCACUGUGAACAAUUGCCACGUGUCGCUGGUGAUCCACCCACGAAAGGAAGGCUUUGCUGAUGACGACCAGCUGACGGUGGCGUCUAUUUUCGGUGGAGCCAAAGCUAGUCAGGAAGCCGACAAUGUCUUGAUCCUUCAAGACAGAAGCCUGAAAGCUGGAAUGGUUCGAAAGAAAUAUCUGCAAGUGGCGAAGAACAGGUUUUCCGGCGACACGGGAAUUCUGCCGUUGGAGUUUAACAAGGCAUCUCGAAGCUUUGCUGGGCAGACACAAUCAGCAUCUACUAGCGCACCUAACAAGCUCAUAGUCCAAAAAAAGAAAGUAUCCUCUCCUGUAGAGGAGUGACAUAAUUGUCUCAAGUUGAGCUCCGAGUUCCGAUGAAGAUUAUUGACGGGUUGUUGAGACAGUUGCAGAUGGAUUGCGAUUUGCCUGAUUAUAAAAGAGCAAAUAGUUAAGGAAAGAUGUUAUUUUACCAAUGUGAUCAUCAAGCGUAUGAAUGUGUGAAGAACAAACUCGAGUUCAUACAUUUCCAA